GGCGCACGGUUCCGUUCUCAGAGGCUGUGGCGGCUGUCAGAUUCCCUUCCUUGAGGCGGCACCUCUGCUUCCCCUCUUCUCCCGCUUUCCAUGAGGUGCGGGGAGCAGCCUGGGUGUCCCCUUACUCUUACACGAUAGAAAUCAAGAAAGUUCCUUGAGGCGGGAGAACAGUCCCGUCAGGCGGCCCAGCGGCGUCCCCCGCACGCCGUGGCCCCCGCCUCUGUGAAGGUCGCGUGUGGCGCGGGCAGAGCGCCGAGUCCUGGCUCCACCUCCCACCUGCCGCUUGAGUUUGGGUGACUCCAACCCCAGGCUGGUGGGGAAUGCAGCAAAUAGAAAGCACAGGAGUCACCCGGCGCGUUUCGUGAAGCGGCGUGAGGGACCGAAAGACGCGUCGGAGCCAGUCCCUUCAGGAGCUGCUGGUCUUGCCGAGUGGCGGGAGUGUGUUCAUCUGUUAAAUGAAGCUGGCUCCCAAGGAUUUCAGAGAAUAUAUCUUCACAACGUCUAGCAUGUUCCUGAUAAUCACACAAGCUUUGAUCAUGGACCAAAGAACUUGAAUAUGGAAAAUCCUACUUGGCCAGCACAUUGACACAGCAUGUCAGUCAAGGCCACAGAUAUCACAACAGAUGGCUCGGCAGUGCUCCCAAAAUGAAUAUUUUGACAGUUUGUUGCAUGCUUGCAAACCUUGUCAACUUCGAUGUUCUAAUACUCCUCCUCUAACAUGUCAACGUUAUUGUAAUGCAAGUGGGACCAAUUCAGUGAAAGGAACAAAUGCGAUUCUCUGGACCUGUUUGGGACUCAGCUUGAUAAUUUCUUUGGCAGUUUUUGUGUUAAUGUUUUUGCUAAGGAAGAUGAGCUCUGAACCAUUAAAGGACAAAUUUAAAAACACAGGAUCAGGUCUCCUGGGCAUGGCUAAUGUCGACCUGGAAAAGACCGGGACUGGUGAUGAAAUUAUUCUUCCGAGAGGCCUGCAGUACACGGUGGAAGAAUGUACCUGUGAAGACUGUGUCAAGAACAAACCAAAGGUCGAUUCUGACCAUUGCUUUCCACUCCCAGCCAUGGAGGAAGGCGCAACCAUUCUCGUCACCACAAAAACGAAUGACUAUUGCAAUAGCCUGCCAGCUGCGUUGAGUGUCAUGGAGAUAGAGAAAUCAAUUUCUGCUAGGUAAUUAACCAUUUCGACUCAUGCAGUGCCACUUAAAAAAUCUUUUGUCAGAAUAGAUGGUGUGUCAGAUCUCUUUAGAAUAACUAUAUUUUUCAGUUGCUGAUACAGCUUUUGUCCUCUAAUCCUGGAAACUCUUUAUGUUAGAUAUAUUCCUCUUGGUUACUGUUGGGAACUUAACUGUAGAAACUUCCUUGGUUUCAUGAUUAAACUCUUUUUUUCUUUUUCUGA